AUGAGCUUUCUCUCGAGAGGCGCCAGUUUGGCGGAGGUGGCCUUCCGCCGACAGAUGCUGAUGUCCUUGGAGAUUCCCUCCAAAGACUAUGCAUACCAAUGGGUGAUGCAGUGGAUGGUGGCCAACCGAAUCCACGGAUCACGGCAUCUGGGGGUGGAAACCACCUACAGCAAGGACGCUGCUGGAAGACAAAUGGCAGCUUUUGACUUCAUCCCCAGCCCUGGACGGCAUUGGGUGAGGUGGCGGGGCAAUUUCAUCCUCGUGGACCGAGCUAGAGAGACCAAAACGGUGGACAUGUCCACUGGAGCUCCGUGGGAAACGCUCACAUUGACAGCUCUAUCGCUGAGACCCAACGUCUUUCAAGAGAUCUUAGCAGAGGCCAAAGAGGCAGCUUUAGCUCGAGAGGAAGGGAUGACCAUCAUCUAUCAGUGUUACGGUCAUGAAUGGCGACCUUUCGGAACCCCCAAGAGAAUCAGGCCGUUUGAUUCGGUGGUUCUGGACACUGGAGUCGCAGAUCAGGCCAUCCGAUCUGCCAGGUCCAUGCUGAUCUUCAAGACUUCCUACAGAGCCAGCAGUGGUGCUCCACCUGGGACCAGCGACCGUUAUCUCUUACAUGGCCCGCCCGGCUGUGGAAAGCCGGAGGGCCCAUUUGCCCAUUUGCCCAAGAUGUGCCAUGAUGACUGA